GCAAUUAAUAGUAUCGAGCGCAUAUCCUAAAUCUGGUUGCUAAACAUGUCGAGGUUUAUAAAAAAUAUGUAUUAGGUUUCUACAGUCUUAUCCUUCUUACAAUUCGUUAUAGUUCGUGCGUGGCUACAAAACCCUGAUACUCGAUGUCGUCACAAGCCAUCUUGUGGAUGCUAGCCGUCAUGGCGGUGGCUCUGAUAUCAUGUGUCUCUCCUGCCGCUCUAUCCGUCCAAAACUUCGGAGAAAUGGACUUCGAUUUAGACGUAGAGAGCGAACGAGCUCAGUUCAACAGCACGUGCAAGUGCGGCAAAAAGUUGACGCGCAUCGUCGGCGGCAAUAACACACUUGUCAACGAGUUCCCUUGGCAAGCUGCGCUCUACAUCGCCGCUACCAAAAAGUUUAUGUGCGGUGGUUCGCUCAUCACCAACCAGCACAUACUCACGGCUGCUCACUGCUUCGAGGCUCUGACGGCCGCGAAUAUGGUGGUACACUUGAGAGCGCACAAUAUCUCUGAUCCGUCGGAAACAAGUGUUGUGGAAAGGUUCGUGAAGGCAGUUUACAUUCACAAGUCAUAC